GCUAAAUUGCAGUGAGCAGUCAAGGUUGGCGCCGACCCAAACCGCAGCGCCUAGGCCGCUCACUCGCAUUGUGUUUUGAUUCUCAGCACCAUAAACACAGACAAACUAACAUUAUUAAAUAAAAUCAGUGGUGUUGGACUAGAACUACAAUGUCUAUCCCCGAAUACAUUGAACUAGAAGGCGGCGAUCGCUUGCCGCGAAUUGGAUUCGGCACUUGGCAAGCUUCAGAUGAGGUGCUGGAGAAGGCAGUAGACGCAGCACUGGAAGCGGGCUAUCGGCACUUCGACACAGCCCGGGCCUACGAGAACGAGGCGGCACUAGGCCGAGCGUUGAACCGCUGGAUCGGAGGCGACCCUGCCCGGAGGAAACAGUUGUUCGUCGUCACCAAACUGCCGCCAGGAGGCAACAGACCAGAACUGGUUCAGGAAUACUUUGACGCGUCACUUCGAGACCUCAAUCUUGACUACAUAGACCUUUACCUGAUACACACACCGUUUGCAUUCGAACAUGUGCCCGGGGACCUGCAUCCCAAGAACCCAGACGGCAGCAUGAAGGUCGACCACACCACUAACCUACUUGAACUAUGGAAGACAGUACUGAAAUUGAAGGAGUCUGGUCGUGUUCGGCACGUGGGGGUGUCGAACCUUAACGCGGAGCAGCUGGCGCGCGUGAGCGGCGUGGCGCGGCCCGCCUGCCUGCAGGUGGAGGUGCACGCGCUGUGCCAGCAGCCCGACCUGCUGGCCGCCGCCACCAAGCUAGGCGUGCCCCUAGUAGCGUACUCGCCGCUUGGAUCUAAAGCCCUUGCUGACGCGUUGGCAGCUAAAACAGGGCGCGAGUACCCCGACCUCCUGCAGUUGCCGGUGGUGGCGCGCAUCGCGCAGGCGCACGGCCGCACUCCCGCGCAGGUGCUACUGCGCCACACGCUGCAGCGAGGACUGGCCGCUAUCCCCAAGAGCACCAACCCUGCCCGCAUUAAACAGAACAUCUCACUGUGGGACUUUGAGUUGAGUGAAAAAGAAAUGAGUGAGCUAGCCGCGCUGGACAGGGGCGAAGCUGGACGCAUUUGUGACUUUGCGUUCUUCAUCGGCAUCGACAAACACCCCGAGUUCCCCUUCAAGAAAUAGGCUUUAUUUUUAAUAUUUCUUAAAAUGAUUAAAUACUAUCAUACAAUUAUAAUAAAGUUACAAAUAAUGAACA